AAGCUCUUCAGGAUGGCUUGAAACUACACAUGCAGGUGUGCUGAAGCAGGUUGGAAAUAAUCUUUCCAGGACAGUGGUUCCCCGGGAGCAGGAUUGAAGACCUCUGAUUUAAUCAGUCGGGUCGGAUAUCGCGGGAAAUGCCUGUUUCACGUCACUGUCAUGUCAUGUCCGUAAACAAUAGAGGACAUCCAUCUAUUCAACAUUCAACAAUAUAGCACGAGUUUAUGUUUGUAUUUAGUGGUGUGGGGUAGGGGCAUAUUAUAUGUACGCUAAUUGUAAAAUCAUGUAAAAAGCAACCACCUGAGGAGUCAUCCGCUGAACAAAUAAGCCUCGUUCAGAACGGAAUUUGCAAGCAAAUGGAAGGUGACAAAGCACUUAUGUCACUCAUGAACAUCGGACUGCUUUUCAGAGAUGGUGAUAACUUCAAGACUUCAAAGGAUUUAAAACCAACCCAGAUAUGGCGUUUUUCUUUCGAGACAGGGCUGCAUGCAUAAAUGCCAAGAAACUGCAUUAGACAGACGUCAGCCAAGGAAAACGAGAUCUUUUUGUGGAGGAUGGACCCGCCGAACAAGGAGAGACGGUCACCGGAGAAUGGCCCAAGGCCCUGUUGCUCAAGCCUCAAGAUGUUCCUCGUGGCCUUGUCCUUUGCCUACUUUGCCAAGGCAUUAUCCGGGAGCUAUAUGAAAAGCACAAUAACUCAGCUGGAAAGACGCUUCGACAUCCCCAGUUACUUAAUAGGUGUCAUUGAUGGCAGCUUUGAAAUAGGUAACUUGUUAGUGAUCGCCUUUGUGAGUUACUUUGGUGCCAAACUUCACCGUCCGAAGAUCAUCGCCAUCGGCUGCCUGUUGAUGUCACUAGGGACUUUUCUAAUUGCCUUGCCCCAUUUUAUAAUCGGACGCUACAAGUUUGAAACAUCGAUUCGAUCGUCAGUGAACUCAACCAGCAACCUCUCCCCGUGUCCAGUGAGGUCUGCUAGCGUUCUGUCCACAGGUCCAAGCACUUCUUCAGUACCCAGCUCAGGUUGCGAACACGAGUCCAGGUUGUCCAUGUGGAUCUAUGUUUUCCUGGGGAAUAUCUUGCGUGGAAUUGGCGAGACCCCAGUGCAACCUCUAGGAAUCUCAUACAUCGACGAUCACGCUUUGGAGGAAAAUGCAGCCUUCUACAUUGGAUGUGUCCAGACAAUAUCAGUCAUCGGUCCAGUGUUUGGCUACCUGCUGGGGUCCCUCUGUGCCAAGAUAUACGUGGACAUUGGAUUUGUCAACAUGGAGAGCAUUAGCAUCACCCCAGGAGAUGCACGCUGGGUAGGCGCCUGGUGGCUGGGAUACCUUAUUGCAGGAUUCAUCACCCUGCUCUCAGCGGUGCCGUUUUGGUUCUUGCCCAAGUCUUUGCCCCUGCCAGAGAGACGGCUUGCCAAGUAUUCUCCAGAGCGGACCAGCUUCAUCAAAGACUCGCCUCUCCUGGAGCACAAGUACCAGGCAGACGAGCCAACAAACUUCCUAGAAAUGGCCAAAGACUUUUUGCCAACACUGAGAUCCCUUUUGGGGAACCCGGUCUACUUUUUGUAUCUCUGCGUCACCAUCAUCCAGUUCAAUUCUUUGAUCGGCAUGGUGACUUACAAACCAAAAUACAUCGAGCAACAUUACGGACAGUCAGCGUUCAAGGCGAACUUCUUAAUGGGAGUUAUCAACAUCCCAGCUGUAGCCUUGGGAAUGUUCUCGGGGGGUGUGAUCAUGAAGAAGUUCAAGCUGAGCAUCAUGGGAGCAGCCAAGUUUGCACUGGGAACGUCUCUCCUGGGCUAUUUCCUGUCUCUUUUCUUCUUCGCCAUGGGAUGUGAGAAUGCCAACGUGGCCGGCAUCACCAGGUCGUACAACGGGACGGAAAGCCUUUACAAAGUGGACAGUUCUCUCUUAGCGACGUGCAACGCAGGCUGUCAGUGUCCUGAAACAAACUGGGACCCCGUGUGCGGUGAGAACGGGCUCACCUACGUCUCCCCCUGCCUGGCUGGAUGCCGGACGUCCCACGGCUCUGGAAUGGACACGGUGUUCGAGCAGUGCAGUUGUGUAGGAGUUGGGAAUCAAACGGCCAGCGUGGGUCAAUGCAACAACAGGGAGAACUGCCAUCGAGUCUUCCCCUACUUCCUGGCUCUGUCUGUCAUCACUUCCUUUAUCAUCUCACUGGGCGGAACGCCGGGAUACAUGCUGCUCAUCAGAUGCAUCAGACCUCAGCUGAAGUCCUUAGCUUUGGGUUUUCACACGUUGACAACACGUACUCUAGCUGGAAUCCCAGCUCCUAUUUACUUUGGAGCCAUCAUAGACACCACCUGUCUGAAAUGGGGUCACAAGAAAUGCGGUGGAAGAGGAGCCUGUCGAAUAUACAACACAUCUGCCUACAGGAUAGCAUAUCUGGGCCUGACGCUGGGCUUACGGACAGCUUCCUUCUUCCUGUGCGUGCUCGGGCUGGUGGUGUUACGACGGCACGUUAAGAGGCAAGAGCGCGGCACGCUCGCAAACGGAGGCACGGGGGCCGCGGCUGGAGAACUGCAGGCUCUCAGGAAAGAAGAAAACAACAGCUGUAACUCGGACCAAUCCCCACGAAACACAGACUAUGACCCAGAACGGGAGACGCGUCUGUGACGCACGUACUCGCCUGCGCAGGGAGCAACAGGGCCCGUUUAUAUUACACUUUCUAUUGGACCCAUGUAAAUGAUGUGAAGUAAGAAAAACAAUCUGUUGUUUUGAUAUAGUAGACUUAUUUCUUGAAUGUACAUGCUGUUUUGGGUAAAAAAAAAAAGAAAAGAGAGAAAAAAAAAAAGAGAGAAGAAUGUCUUAAAAACUACCUAAACUUUUUGGAUUCAAAGCAAAGAUGCUUAAAACAUCAGACGCCCUACUAGACGUGGGAUUUCCUCUCAUUUAAGCCAUCGUCGUGCACGGGCCCUAUGAGGAAUAACAAAAUUAUACCUUGUGGGUACAUGACAACGUUCCGCUCUUAACUUUCUCUUCUGCCAUACAUAGAUAGAUGCCUGAAACAGCUGACCACGACACUGUGUGCUUUAUAUAGAUGGGCUUUGCCACGCAGGCUAUAGGUUGACUCUGUUGGUGGAUGUCUCAAAUUGCAUCUCAUUUGUUUUUAACGUAUUGUCAGGAAGAGAGCGCGCCAUGAGGUGUGCUAACGAAACGCUCACCGUUGUGCUUUUACGUGUCGCCUGACAGCGGUUCCUCCUAUUUAAGAAACGUGUGAGGAACGGUCCAGAACUGUGGGCUUGACGCCAUGGGUAUGUAAGUAAUCAUCUUCACGAUCGAUGUUGUGAAAUGUCACUGUGAGAAAUGUUGUGCGUGUGUGUUGUUACGUGUGAACGGGUGCAUUCCUGUGCCAAAAAAACAAAACAAAAAGUGCGAGAAAGAAAAGUCAAAAUGGUCUAUUCUCAGGUUGUUCAAUCAAUUGUUCCUCAAAUUUGCAAAUAAUUAUUCUUUUAUAUUCUUGUAUAAAUCGUUGUCUGGUUUCAGCUGGCGAAAAAUUUCCUUUGUUCAUUUCAGGCAAUUGAAGAAGUUCACCAGUAACGACCAAGGAAAGGAUUUUUAUUUGUGACUUGUAAAGCAAAUAAAACGAGUGGCAUUUAUUACUUGCUUUUACGUUAGGCAGUACAUAAUUUUAUUUGCUGAUAUGUUUUUGUAUACUUAAAAGUGAAUAUCCUGAUAAUGUGUAAAAAAAAAAAAAAAAAAAAAAAAAAAAAAAAAAAUGCAUUUAUGUGAAAGAUUAGAUACAUUCUUUUAAAAAUAAAAUGAAUGAUUUACUACAAAGAACGAAGAAACAUGCACAAUCAUCAAUGACAACAGUACCGUUUUUCGCUUUAAUCGUGAAAAUACAAUCACAGCAAAAACGUAAACAACUCACUGAGGCACUUAAGCAGGUGAUUUUGCACCCAUUAGAAGAAUAUUACAAGAUUAUUAUUAAAAAAAAAAGCUAUAUUUGACCACAUUUGACAGGAAGAUACCGAAAGGCAUAAACAAUCCCUCUUUUUAGACAUUUCAGACCAUUUCCCAAUCUUUGAAACAAAGUCAGAAAUCAGCCAACUAUACAAUCUAUAAAUAACAUUUCUAGACUUGCAUAGCAAUUUUAGGUAUUUUUCUAACGUUCCCGUCUCCUCUCCCUCUCAAGUGCUGCUCAGGAUUAGACGGGUCGCAUCAGACAAACAGUUUUCGGCCAUAGCGUCCGAUAGGCGAGGGAAAGGAAGGGAGCGUGGAAGAUUUGUGCAUCAUAAACGGAGCAACGUAUCGACAGCAUGCUUUUCAACACCCACACGGUGGGUGACGGCUUAUUCUUAGUAAAUUAAAUUUAUGCUCAUUUUUUCUGUCUCACAGCGCAGGAUAAUUUUCACAGUCUUUUAAUCUUCCCUUAAGUCUAAAUGUUUUAAUUGUGAAAUUUCGGUGGUUGUUCUGCGACUAGAAUAGGUGAACAAUGAAAUAAAACAUUCAGACUUCAUCAAAAACAGAGUAAAUUGCACCAAAACAUGUCCAGGUCAGAUUUAAUCCUAAAAGCAAAAGAAAAAAAAAAUGCAAGUUAUUUUGCAUUGAAGAAAAUAAUUCCCAUUACAGUAGGUUUUUAAAU